AUCCGUGAGCGGCGGAUCCCGCCACAGUCGCUGCAGCGCUUCGAGGUUCGUCUCUCUCCUCUUCACGUCUCGGCCUCUGGCAUUGAGUCGCGCCCACCUCGUCGUGUGCUUUCCGGGAAAGCAACUUGGAGCAGUCUCUCUCCCUCUCUCACUCUUGUUGUUGUUGUCGCUGUUGUCGCAGCGGCGACGGCAGCGGCGUAUAGAGUUGCGUAAUUAGUUCCGUUCGCAAAGACGGGACAUUGCCACCAUCUUCACACAACACCGUGAGCCACCAGACCGCACAUACCUCGUCUGUUAUUGAGCAGCAAGUAUGAAUGUGCCUCCUCCAGACCAGUUCGGAAAUGACUUCAACAAGGCUCCAGGUGGAGCGCCGAUGGGGGGGGAGAAUCCGGGGCCACAUGGGUAUGCCCAUCCGCCCGGUUACCUCCUGCAGGGCCCGAACGGCCCUCAAGCACCACCACCGCCGUAUGACUACCCCAGGCAGCAACUGCCUGGACACCCGGGCUACCCAGGCCACCCGAGCUACGCGGGACCAUUGGUGGGGCCCAACCCUGCAGCGGCAUACCCACCAGGCCCUCCGGAACCACAAGGAGCGAACGCCGGGCAGCCACUGCCGCCCCAGUUGAUGCAGCCGCAGGGCUACUUGAUGGUGCCCAACGUGACGGUGGUGCAGCAGCCCCUGCGCACGCCAGACCCCGUGGCCGUCACGUGCCCGUCGUGCCAGCAGCCGGUGGUCACAAAGACGAGCACCUACCCAGGCUUGCUCGCCUGGCUCAUAGUGGGCGGAUUGUUCCUCGCCGGCCUGGUGUUGCUGAUACCGCUGCUCUUCUGCUUCGUCCCCCUGUGCAUCCCCUCCUGCCACGACGUCCGCCACCGGUGCCCCAACUGCAAGGCCAACAUCUACACCUACACGCGCAUGUGAUUGCCUCCGCCGCCUUCCCACGGAAGGAAACCCGGACGGCGGGUUUGACCCAAGGCUCGUAAAAAAA